CGUCCCCCCGAUCCCAUCCCAUCCCGUCCCGUCCCGUCCGCGGUCGGAGUGUCUGCGCCCCGGCGCUGGCCGAUGGAUCCCGAGGCGGCGGGGGACGAGCUGUCCCGCUUGCGCGCCCUCUUCCUGGCGUGCGACGCCAACGGCUCGGGCCGCAUCGAGCGGGAGGACUUCGCGGCUCUGUGCGCCGAGCUGCGGGUGCGGCCGGCCGAGGCCGAGGCCAUCUUCCAGCGCCUCGACAGCGACCGCGACGGGACCAUCACCUUCCCGGAGUUCGCCCGUGGCUUCCGCGGUGCCACACGGCGGCAGCCCGGAGGCGGCGAGCCGGGGGCCGACGACGGGGAGGAGGAGGCGGAGACGGCGACGGCGUGGGUCGCCGCGGGGCUGGAACAACCCUGGAAGGACUUCGAAGUGCGGCUCGGGGACGAGGCGAAGUACAUUCCCAGGCAAGAGCAGGUCAGUGUUCUGUAUCAGAAUAUACAUAUAGCAGAACCAAGAUUAAUCCAGCCAUAUGAGCAUGUCAUUAAGAACUUCAUCCAAGAGAUCAAACUUCAAAGCACUGAGAUGGAAACUUUGGCUAUAGCAGUAARAAGAGCUCAGGACAAAGCAGCAGUUCAACUCAGUGAGCUAGAGGAAGAGAUGGAGCUACGGAUACAGGCUGCAGAGCAUAAAGUUAAAAAGGAAGAGAAGCAAAAAGCUGAAGAAGCACUGAAUGAGCUGAAGCGCCAGUAUGAUACUGAAGUUGGGGAUCUUCAGGUGACGAUAAAAAAACUUAAAAAGCUGGAGGAGCAAUCCAAAUAUGUAAAUCACAAGGAAGAUGUAGUUGAACUGAAAAAAAGAAUACAUGAUAUGUUACUGGAAAACCAGAGACUUAAGAAAGAUCUUUUAGAAGCACAGACAAAUAUAGCUUUUCUACAGAGUGAAUUAGAUAGYUUGAAAAGCGAGUAUGCAGAUCAAUCUUUGAACACUGAGAGAGACCUAGAAAUUAUUCGAGAGUAUACUGAAGACAGRGAUAAUCUGGAAAGACAAAUUGAAAUACUUCAAUCAGCUAAUAGAAAGUUACAUGACAGCAACGAUGGUUUAAGAAGUGCACUUGAAAACAGUUUCAGCAAGUACAACAGAUCAUUGCGGCUAGCAAACACCUCACCAGGAAGUACCAUUUCCAGAAGCAGUCCUAAAUUUAAUGGUGAACAUUCUCCUUUAAACCCACGUUAUGACAGGUCGUCUCAUUCAUCUUGUGUCGAUGAAGAUUACGAUUCUUUAGCCCUUUGUGAUCCUAUGCAAAGGAUAAACUGUGAAGUUGACAGCUUACCUGAGAGCUGUUUUGACAGUGGUUUGUCUACCCUGAGAGAUUCAAAUGARUAUGAUUCAGAAGUGGAAUACAGGCAUCAAAGGAUUUAUCAAAGGUCAAACUGUAUGCAAGAAGGCUUUGGUGGUGAUGCUUCUGAUACAGAUGUUCCAGAAAUCAGGGAUGAAGAAGAGUACAGUCCUGCUAACAGCACUGUAGUUUUAGACUGGAAACCCUCACGACCAGUUAGUCGAAGCAGCUCCGUUGCUUCAACAAGGAAAUACAUAUCUGCUCUCACCCCUCAGUCAGAUGCAACUGAAUGUGCUCCAAAAUACCCCAGUUCAGAGAAGGCUUAUAAGAUUGUUCUUGCUGGAGAUGCAGCAGUGGGAAAAUCCAGUUUCCUAAUGAGACUUUGCAAGAAUGAAUUUCGAGGCAACACCAGUGCAACUCUGGGUGUGGAUUUUCAAAUGAAAAGGCUAAUUGUGGAUGGAGAACCUACAGUGUUACAACUCUGGGACACAGCUGGGCAGGAGAGAUUUCGAAGUAUUGCUAAAUCAUACUUCAGAAGAGCAGAUGGUGUCUUACUACUGUAUGAUGUAACAUGUGAAAAAAGCUUUAUUAAUGUGAGAGAAUGGGUGGAUAUGAUUGAGGAUGCAACUCAUGAGAAUAUUCCAAUUAUGAUGGUGGGAAACAAGGCAGAUCUUCGUCAAGCUUUUACAGARCAAGGGCAAAAAUGUGUGCCUAUAAACUAUGGAGAAAAGCUGGCCAUGACUUAUAAUGCAUUAUUCUGUGAAACAAGUGCUAAAGAUGGAGCUAAUAUUGUAGAAGCAGUUCUUCAUCUUGCUCGCGAAGUGCGAAAACGAAGUGAUAAUCAAGAUGAUACAAGAUCAGUAACCAAUCUGGCUGGGACACCUGUCAAAAAGUCAACACUCACAAAAAACUGUUGCAAUGUUUAAAUGACAAUUAAGUUUUCUCACCUAAAUAACUUGUCUAUUUGAAAAAGCCCAAGCCUACAACCAAACCAAAAUAGUUCAGUWAUGUUUUCUUUUUAUCAUGGAUUUAUAAAUUUGUAUAUUUAGAAAUUACACAUAAUGUUCAAAAUCCAGACUCUACUCUCUGUUCAUUCAUACUUGUGAACUUACUUCACCCCAUAGACUCUGGUUUCACUUUUCUAAAGUAACAUAAUUCAAUUAAAUGAGUUCAGAAUCAAGGCUACAGUAGUUGCUACAUACAAUAUUGUAAUAUAUAUUAUUGUUUCUACCUUCAUGUUUCUUUUAUUUUCAGUAUUUCAUGUAUACAGAACUGUGUAAUAUCCAGUCAAUAUCACACAGAUAAAGAAAAUAUCACAAUAURCCAGUGUAAUAUCACACAGGUAAAGAAAAAAUUAUGGCUUCAAUUAAUUUAAUCUCUUUUUGAUCAUAUCUGCUUAUCUAGUUUUUGAGUGCCUUAAGUAUAAGUUGAUGAAACAUUUAUUAAAAUUUCAAACCAUUAAAUGGUUGCCUAGGUCCAAGUAAUCCCUGAGUUUACAGGAACCAGAGUUGUCUUUGUUGGGAGAAGACCGUGGCAGGUGCAUGGUGUUCUGUUGUAGUUUCUCAAGAGCUGGCUAGUUAGAAUGUAUUUAAUUUUGUGUGUUGAGGUUUGRUUAACAACUGAGAACUAAACUUUACAUCUGAUCCUGCACAGCUCAGAGGUAAAAGAAACAUUUGUYUGGACUAUUUCAGUUCAAAAUUCCAGACAGAAUGAAACACCUGUGAUAUGUAUGAUGGCUGAAAUGAGUAAAUGAUCCAAUAUCUGCCUGUUUUACCAAUCCAAUAUGAGAUUGGUAUUACUGAGUGAUAGGAGUUGUAAUUUUUCUCUUGUUUUUCAAAUACCUUAUAUUCAGUGAGUAAAUGAAAGAUUGUAAUAAUACACAGUAGUCUGAUUUAAUGGAUAUUUUUAAAUGCAUUAAGUUUUGAAUCUGCAGGUGAAAAGAAUUGCUGCACAUGCACAAACAUUUGUACAAACUGUUCAUUAAAAGAGAAACCUGKGAUGAACAGCAACCGCUUACAGUAAUGAGAGCACCUUCACCUGAUUUUACAAAAGUUGUGAGAAACUCAGCAGGAGGUGGUAGCUUUAGGUGUCCGCAUCUCUAAAUAAACAGAGUUGUUAUUGCUUAAAAUAGUUCCCAAGAGUUCCAUAGUGUAGUAAAAAAUUAUGGGCAUUAAUACAACUAGCAGUCAUAAUCCAGUCAAAAUGGGGUAGGACCUUUUCAGAGCCAGCAAACUUGUCUCCUGUUUCCAUUAGUAAAACAUUUCCAGGCUGAAGCCUAGUUCAGUAAAUCAAAYUUGGAUAAAGUUUUAUCAGCUGAUGGAAAACCCAUACAACUAACAGCUGUUGCUGCUGCACUGUUUGAACUCUAUAUUGCUUGUACUGUGUUAUCUCUUACAUAAAAUAUGGAGUUCAGAGAAACAGGAUAUUCAUAAUUUUUAAAAAAAGGUUUAAACUAGGAAAAGUAAUGUUUUAAGGUAUCCUUUCAAACCUCUAAUCAGAGCAACUAUAUAUACUUCUAUAUAUAUUCUAUACUUAUCAGAAAAGUUUUUAAYAAGAGGGAGAAGUCUAAUGCCAGAAUGAGUAAGACAUUUUAUUUCACUGUGUAGUAGGUCAGCCUUAGAAGACAAAAUAUGUUUGGUGGGKUUUUUUUUAAGUACUAAGAGAAUCUUCAUAUGCUACCUAAUUCUUUGCAGUAGACUUCAGGGUCAUAGCAUCUUAUUACAAGCUGUGCAGGAGGCCUCACUGUAGUUCUGAGGCUUAUUUGGUGCAGAGAAUUAAAGACACUCAGAUGUAUCAGGAAUAUGCCUAAUCACAUACAUAUUAUUUGAUGUUAACCCUAUAUUAUUAAAAAAAAAACCCAAACAAAUUAACUCUUCAAUUAGCUUAUUUGAGGAGAAAAGCCACAUUAGCUGAUGGUAUUGAUGAGGGCCUCUUCUCUGUUCUUUGUGUGCAAGCCCUUCCCUCUGCCCAUAUUGAAAGAAAUGGAAGAAAAAUUAAUUUGGGAUGUGUUUGCAGAUAAUUCUUCCUACAUUGUAGGAGAAGAGAGGAAGAUGAUCCAAUGCCUGGUUUCUGAAGUGUGAGCCUUCAACAUUGUAGGCAUUUACAUUUUCUCAGGAUAGGAAGGUCAUGAUUAUAAGCUGUUACUUACAUUCCAAAAUAUUUCUCCUUCAAUGUUGUUAACUUGGACUGGGGGUCAAUGUUCUAUAUGUGUGUCCUGAGCUACUGUGUUUGACCAGCUCUGUGGUCUUGGUCUGCAGUGAAGGAGGUGAAAUAUUUGCCUAAACCUUGACACACCUGCAUGAGCAAAGUGGCUGGGUACAGAGAAUCACUUGAAGUUCCUUGCAGGAAGUAUUUCUGGCAGUGGUUUUGUCCAACCUCCCAAGGACCCAAGCAGAGAUGGACUUUUGCCAGCCCUAGAUUGGGUUAUCUGUGGGUUUGGCUACCCAGCCUGUGAAAAUGCUCCAAGACRGAAGUUCUGCAACCAUUCUGGUUCCCACACUUGUCCUCGUUUUCUGGAUAAACAUUUCUCUUCAUGCCCAGCCUCAGUUUCCCAAGUGCCUAGAAAUUUAUAAUGGUUCUCCCUCAUUAUCUCAUCUCUUGCUGUUAACUAGAACUUGAUGACAGAGUGGAGCUUGGUGACUCCACUAUCCACUAGUGUAACAACGUCAGGAAUAUUUCUUGCAAAUGUGGCUUCCACGUCCUGGAAUUGGCGGCACUUGUGCAUGUGUAGUAAUUGCUUUCAUAUCUAAUAUUUUUAUCAUACAGAGGGUGCCAUGUGAAUAUCCAUGCUUGUAGAGAGUCUGAUUGAAGGAUGUGAGUUCAGGGACCUGCUUUCACACCUGUUUUUCUCUCUSUACAGGCCACUGAUAUUUUGAGUAYUUUUUCAUAUAUUUUAAUGACUGAAAUCUAUUUUACAAUAUUUAGCCAAAUGAUAUAACCUGAAUCAAUUUAUUAAGCUCUGUAUCAUGUAAAGCAACUUUAAUUUGAAUCAGUGUUGUUUUUUKAAAUAAGGUUCAGGGUUGAAGAUUGUUAACUGUUAACAAAAUUUCACCUUGGAGUAAUGUUAUGAUCAAUGUUUAGGUGACUUUAAAAGCACAACUUAAUGGGGAUAUAGCUAUAGCUCAGUUGGAACUUGUUUUAGAAGUCCUGUGAUGGUUAUCUCYAUCAUGUCUUGAAUGUUCACAUAACACCAUGUUGAAUUCRUUUUAAAGCAAAAGAACUUGGAAAAAUAUUUAAAUCUAGAAAUUAAAGCAUGUAUUUAUUUAUACAUGGAAAUAAUGCAUAUUUUUUUCUGUUGUUUUGCUUUAAAAGGUUUCCUACCUUCCCUUCAACCUAAAAGGUAAAAUGUCAWACAUCAGCUUUAUGCUUUGACAUGGUUGCACUAUUGUCCUUUGAAUGUUUUUAUGGUUUUAGRUAGUACAUAAGAACUAUUAAUUUAAUCGCACAAGUUUAUUUUUUUAGUUAGUGGAAGUGUUCCCUUAAUACAUGUAUUUAUUUGAAAAGGAAAGGUUUUUAUGGUUUUCCUCAGGAUUUGUAAAUAAAUUAUUUUUAUUCAGUUGACAUGGAAGCAUUAUUUUUUCCUGUAUUUUUAACCCUUUUUAAUUAUAAUGUAUUACAUAUUUCUGAGGCAAUAAUUUCUGAGACAUGCUCCAAAACUAUUUUGAUGACGGAAGUUCUUGUAACCACUUUAUGCCUGUUUAGCAUAUACUAGUGGCUUAAUGAGACAAGCUGCUGCUUCCAAGUUCUGUUGUGGCCUUACAUGGCUGAAGUAUUUUUCUGUGUAACUCCUUUUGUAUUGACUAGAAAAUCCUCCAUUAGAAAAAAAAAAAAUCACAGUUAUAAAUCUGUAGAGAAUGUUUAAAUGUACUUUAAGGAAAAUAUCUAUAGGCCACUCCUACAAGGAAAUCGUGCAGUACCUGUGCCUACAUGCAGAUCUCCAAAUAAAGUAAUGGGCUCUKUGCUAGUGCAGGAAAUCCAUAUAUAGAUCGUUUUAAAGAGGUUUUCUCUUUUUUCCCCUAUCUGCUGCUAUACAGCAAUGCUAGGUAGCAUUUUASGUAAAAAUACUGCAGUUAAAGUUCCCCAAAUCAUAAACCAAAGGAAGAAAUAUAUUCAUAUAGUCAUGGUACUACAUUAUAUUAUAAAUAAACAUAUUUCCAAAUGUUUCUAGCUGUAUCAAAUAAUUAUGAAAAUGGACCAAUAUCUCAUGUACAAUUCCAAUGGCCUUUUCCACUACCUCUGCCAUACUUGGUACAUGAAAUCUUCUCAGUAACCCUGRCUGGGCUACUUACGAAUUAGAUAAGUUUUUAGAGCAUGAAUUAUUUUAUUAUUUCUCUUCCACUCUAUUACUACGAGUCCRUGUCUUUUCUUAUUGGUAUCCUUAGGACUGGUAAUAUCAAUAUUCAUCAUUACUAAUUUUCUAAAACCAGUUUUUUUGAGAAAACUUGCUGUAAAAGAAAAUUUGACUCAAUAUGUGAAGUGUUACUGAGUUUGUACAAAGAAGUCCUUUUUCUACAAUUCUGCUCCUUAAGUUAUGGCACCAGAUAGCUGGACUGAUAGAAAGUUAGUCACUGAGUGGCUGAGUAACAAAUAAAAGCUGUGGCGGUUUCCCAAAGAAUAUAAAAGGAAGUAUGUAAAACAAAAGUGUAUUUUCAUACUAGUAUGCGGAAGAAAUUGUGUCCAUUGUGUGUUCAUUUAAUAAAAGUCUGUAUAUUCUCUAAAUAAGGUUCUAAAUUUUGAGAAGUUUUUAAAAAAUUUUAUAUUGUUUACAAGCAAAACUAGUGUUUAUGCAGCUUUUUCCUCUUUAAACAACAGAUCAUUUACUGUAAUUUUGUAUAUAAAUGUCUAAAACUUACACCU